CCGCAGCCCGGCGGCCCUGGAACCUCCCAGUCCACAGGAUAUGUGGUUGUAGAGGUCCUUGAGUGUGGACACUGACUCUGCAGAGAGGGGAUUUCAGUGCAUGUUAGAAACACAGAGAAGAACAACAAGAAGAAUGGAUGCUUCUGUGAUAAAUGCUCCCCAGCGUCUGUUAUCAUUCAGGGAUGUGGCUGUGGAUCUUUCACAGGAGGAAUGGGAGUAUCUAGACUAUGGUCAGAGGACAUUGUACAUGGAUGUGAUGUUGGAAAAUUACAGCAAUCUAGUCUUUGUGGAGAAUCAUCGCAUAUGUGAUAAAUAUGAGAAGGGCUUGGAUCAAGGCACAAAGCAUAUUGUCCAUGAGGAUGUGAAUAUCCAAGAGAAGUCUUAUAAAUGUAAUGAGCUCGGCAACAUGAUUGAUGAAUCCUCCCAUUGCACAUCUUAUGAUACACGUGAUACUUCAGAAUAUUGCAACAAGUACAGAUUUGGUAUCCACAAAGAUGCUUCUGUUGAAACAUAUGUAAACAGACAUAAAUGUGGGAACACUGGAGAAGAACCUUGCAUAUAUAAAGAGUGUGUAAGCUGUUUAAAUUUGUGUUCCAUCACUAGCCAAAAUCAAAGUAUUCACACAGGGAAGCAACAUAAAAAUACAGAGUAUGAUAAAUCUUUGGAUUCCAAAACUAAAAUCAUGCUGAAAAGAAUCUAUAGUGGAAAGAAGCCACACCAAUGCAGGAAAUGUGGAAACUGCUUCAAGAUGGACUCAAGCCUCAGUGGACAUCAAAUUGCUCAUACUGGAGAAAAACCCUAUAAAUGUACAAAGUGUAGUAAAUCCUUUCUGCAUUUGUCCCAACUCAAAGUCCAUUACAAAAUCCAUUGUGGAGAAAAACACUACAAAUGUUCAGAUUAUGCUCAGUGCUUUUCUCAUACACCUAACAUUGAAAGGCAUUACAGGAUCCACACUGGAUCAAAGACUCACAGUUGUAAUGAUUGUGGCAAAUUCUUUGUGAGCGCUUCAUCUCUUAGAACACAUCAGAGAAUUCAUACAGGAGAGAAACCUUACACAUGUAGCAAAUGUGAGAAAUCUUUUUCCAAGAAAGACCAUCUUAGAAAUCAUCAGAGAAUUCAUACAGGAGAGAAACCUUACAAAUGUAGUGAAUGUGACAGAUCCUUUAUCGUGAAAGGCCAUCUUAAAACUCAUCAGAGAAUACAUACAGGAGAGAAACCUUACAAGUGUAGUGAAUGUGAGAAAUCCUUUUCAGUUUCCUCAAGUCUCAGGACACAUCAGAGAAUACAUACAGGAGAGAAACCUUACAAAUGUGGUGAAUGUGACAAAUGUUUUAUGAGUGCCUCAUCUCUUAAAACACAUCACAGAAUACAUACAGGAGAGAAACCUUACAAAUGUACCAAAUGUGAGCAAUCUUUUUCCAAGAGAGACUUUCUUAGAACUCAUCAGAGAAUCCAUACAGGAGAGAAGCCUUACAAAUGUAGUGAAUGUAACAGAUCUUUUACCCUGAAAGGCUAUCUUAAAUCUCAUCAGAGAAUACAUACAGGAGAGAAACCGUACAAAUGUAGUGAAUGUGACAAAUCCUUUAUGUUUGCCUCAUCUUGUAGAACACAUCAGAGAAUACAUACAGGAGAGAAACCUUACAAAUGUAGUGAAUGUGACAAAUCAUUUUCAGUUGUCUCAUAUCUUAGAAAACAUCAGAAAAUCCAUACAGGAGAGAAACCAUACCAAUGUAGCGAAUGUCAUAAAUCUUAUUCCAAGAAAGACCAUCUUAGAACUCAUCAGAGAAGCCAUACUGGAGAGAAACCUUACAGAUGUAGUGACUGUGACAAAUCCUUUUCUAAGAAAGACAAUCUCAAAACUCAUCAGAGAAUCCAUACAGGAGAGAAACCUUACAAAUGUAGUGAAUGUGACAGAUCCUUUACCCUGAAAGGCCAUCUUAAAACUCAUCAGAGAAUACAUACAGGAGAGAAACCUUACAAGUGUAGUGAAUGUGAGAAAUCCUUUACCCUAAAAGUCAAUCUUACAAAGCAUCAGAGAAUACACACAGGAGAGAAACCUUACCAGUGUAGUGAAUGUGACAAAUCUUUUUCCCAGAAAGACACUCUUAGAAGUCAUCAGAGAACACAUACUGGAGAGAAACCUUACAAAUGUAAUGAAUGUGACAAAUCUUAUUCCAAGAAAGACCAUCUUAGAAGUCAUCAGAGAAUCCAUACAGGAGAGCAAUCUUACAAAUACAGUGACUAUGACAAAUCCUUUACCCAGAAAUUCACUCUGAGAAUUCAUCAGAGAAUCCAUGCAGAAGAGAGCCUUACAGAUGUAAUAAAUGUGACAAAUCCUUUUCAAGUGGCUCAGAUCUUAGAAGCCAUCAGAAAACCAAUACAGGAGGAAGGGCAAUGCCUAGACCCUUCUCAGCGGGCUUUGGAUAGAGAUUGGAUGAAGAAUUACAGCAGGCUAGUUUCUAGCACAGUACUGUGUUAGAAAUCUAAGUCUUUCUGAAGAAUCUCUUUCUCCUACCCUGGACUCACUGAUAAGCCAGACUUGCUUACCUGUGAAGCAGAAUCUAGAACGUGGAGAGAAAUCACACAUUAGCAAAUGUACCAUAUACUUUGGAGGGUUUGAGGUAGGAGUGGUGAGAGUUUCAAGUAACAUUGGAAGUGGAAUGGGGACAGGAGUUGGUUCAGCAAUAAUAGCACUUGGUGUUCUUGAAGAGAACAGGGAUCCAGUUCCCACCACCGCGUAAUGGCUGGCAACCAUUCAUAACUUCAAUUACAGUAGAACCGAUGCCUUCUGACUCCAGCCACAAACAGACUAUAUACUACAUACAUACUGCAAAACAGUGAUACACAUAAGCUACAAUACAAGAUCUAAUAAUUCACUUUAUAAAAACAAAAAUGUACAAUUGGAAAUGAGAUUGGUUUUGCCACAUUCUGCUUAUCUAGAAAUGAGUCUGGAAUAGUCUACUGUAAAUAAUGUCAAGAUUAUCUUAUUAUAUAUGUUACUUUGUAUGCUAGAAUUAAUACUAGGACAAAAUAUAAUGUAUUUUACUGUGCAUGUAUCUCGUGUUCAUGCAAUUAUAUGAAUUAAAUUAUUUUCAUUCUAGGAUACUGUAAAAUUAGAAAUACUCCUGUGUCUAACUUUGUUUCCUAAUCUCCUAACUUUGAUUCUUUCUGUGGUUCAUUUAUAUUUUAUUCCUUUUGUUGUCAUUUUUCCCAUUUCCUAAUAUAAUACCAGGACUUUGAUAAGAAAUUUUCACCAUUUCUGCAUAGUAUUAACCUUUGUCUAUAUUGUCUUCCCACUGAUGUCCCUUGUUGUCUGUCUUCACAGCAUUAUGCAAUGCAUUUUAUUGCAAUGGUCUUAAUAUAUUUUGGAUCUUCACUUAAUCUUUUGAAGGUUUUUGAACUCUUGGAGCUUUCACAAAUUUUGAUAUUCUUUUAGCGUCACUUUGUUCAUUUGCAGAACUUGCCCAUUUCUCUUGCGACAAAUUGUAGUUUCUUUGGGGAAGGAAAAGCACUGAUUCUGUUUCCAUUUUUUAAUGAGAACAUGCUAGCCAUGAGUCAGAAUAAACAUGCUGUAUAUGUAUUUUUUAUUGCUGUUUAUAUGUUUGUUGAUCGGUGAGUAAUUUUUUCACUAUUGCAAGAAUGUACUAAGUUACUCAUAUCGUGCAAAAGCACAUGUAAGAUAUAGUUGAAUAUUACAUGGAUUGUUUUUGCUUGUUUGUUUUUGAAGACGCUACACACUAACUUGGUUGGUGACUGCGGUUAGUUGAAUUUCCACUGAUACUGUGUGUCUAGAUUCUUUCUGUUAUGUUUUCUGCAGGAUUUGUUAAAUUUUAGUACCAUUAGUGUGGACAAUGACUAGACAGAGAUGGAAUCUUGGUGCACAUGAGUUGAAAAUGUUCAUGACUAAUGGUGCCUAGCAUGAAGAUUCCAGAGAGGAGAUAGGUUUGAGGAUGAAUCAAUGGGAAAGACAAAAUAUGUGCAAACUGUAAUUAGUGCUGCUCGCUGUCCAGCAGAAACAGGAACCUGAGUGGCAGGCCUAGUUCGUCAGCAUCCCUCAUUUCAUUCUGUUUCUUGUGAAAAGGAAAUGAAAUCAUGGGUAGUUAUAGAGGAAAAAUAUUAAUAUG